AUGAAAGGAAAUGUGCCGUGGUUUCCUGGGAGCAAUCGAAAAACGCAAGCGAAACCGGCGAAACAGCAGGUUUUUACGACGGAAGAGCUCGCCGAAAAACGGAGAAUCGCAAUCGAGGAGGAACGGGCGAGAAAAGCGGCCAAGCAGAAGGAGUACCGCAAAAAAGUACGCGUCUGGAAUGGAACGGACGAAAAUCUUAUUGAACAUUGAUUUUCGCUCGUAUUUGGCAAGCGCGCUCUAGUGAACAUAGGAAAACCGACGUCAUAAUCACAGUUUCAGAUUUUAAAGCUGCUCUUCGUUUUGAGGAAGUGUAAAAACAAUCAAAAUAAGCACAUUCGCUUUUUGACAAGGUUAUUCAGCGAUAGUACUAAAUUUGCAGAACGAGGCACGUUUCAUCGAGUUGGGCCGUGCGAUUUGCGACCUCUCGCCCGAAGACUUCGGCGUUUUCCACGCGGAUUUCGCGGAUCCGUGCCCGCCGGAACAGUGCUCCGGAGAAGAAGUCGUCGCGAACGUCGCCAAUUUUGUGAACAACUUGAAAAAGUUGACGGGCGACUGGAAUUCGCGCGGCACAAUUCUGGCGAACACGCUCGCGCUCACUGGCACAAUUUGCAAUGUGAACCAGAAAUCCGUGGUUUACAUCGGGCAACGCGUCGAUAAAAUAAAGAAGCAUCGGGCGGAGAUUGCGAGAAAAGAGCAGGAGGCCAGGGAUAAGGUGAGCUCGCUUUUUUUUAAAACUUAAUGUCGCGCGGUGUACGCAGACUCCGCUUGUCAAUUAAUUUCAGCGAUUUCCUUAAUUUUUAUGGACACUUACAAAAUUGACGUAAAAAUGGGAAAAUGACCCGAAAAUCAUUAUCAGCCAGAAAUUGUGUUUCUAUUUGCGCUUCGGAACUGUUCAAAAUUCCACCGUUUCCUCAGCAUUUUUGGUCAUUUUUCCGUUUUUAAUUCAAAUUUUUGUUGUAAUUUACUGCUACCUUAGUCAAUCUUCAGAUCGACAAUCACUUUAUCCAAGUGGGCCGCGCAGUUUGUGCUCUGACUCCCCGAGAUCUCGAAAUGGACGUUUCCGCCGACGCAAACCGACCAGAAUUUGCACAGAAAUCGCCGUCACACACUUCAGAAUGCUCUUUUUGCGAGGAAGACGACGAGGAGCCGAACGGGCGGUCGAAACAAAAAUUGGCGUGGCGCGGAGAGGACGUCGUCGCGAACGUGUGGCACUUUUCGACGGCGCUCAAGGAUUUGCUGGGUCCCGAUGCGAAAACUACUGUAUUCCGCAGCGCGUUCGAGUUCACCUCGAUGGCGUGCAACGUGGCCGAGAAGUCGGUCCGGGACCGACAUCCGAUCCGCAAACUUGGAAAUUGA